AUGGGGGAGGACGAGGAAAAGAAAGCCGUCCCGGCCGAGCCACGACCCUCUGAUGAUGUCGAGAUCACACCCAUUCCCGAGGUUUUCAGCGAUGAGAUUCCGGAUGGCGGUUUGGUGGCUUGGCUCCAAGUGGCAGGGGCAUUUGCCCUCUUCUUCAAUUCAUGGGGCAUUGCGAAUACGUUUGGAGUGUAUCAGACGUAUUAUGAGACACAUUUCCUGAGUUCCUCAACACCCGAUGCUAUUGCCUGGAUUGGGUCUCUUCAAUCGUUUCUUCUCCUCGCAGGUGGGCUUGUGUCCGGUCCUCUAUUUGACGGUGGCUGGUUCAGAGCCACGAUAGCUUUCGGAUCAAUCGCCGUCUGUUUCGGCUUUAUGAUGAUGAGUCUUGCUACACAAUACUGGCAGAUCAUCCUUGCUCAAGGUUUCUGCAUUGGUCUCGGUGCCGGGUGUAUGGUCGUGCCAUCCCUCUCGAUCCUGCCACAGUAUUUCCUCAAGAAACGUGCUCUUGUGACCGGCUUCACCGUCUGUGGCAGCAGUCUUGGUGGAGUAAUCUACCCGCUCAUCUUCCAAGGCUUGAUCGACAAUGUAGGCUUCGGCUGGACGAAUAGAAUUCUCGGCUUCAUAUCUAUUAUAACAUGCUCCUUCUCCGUGGCCGUCAUGCGGCUCCGUGCAAAGCCGCGCAAAGUUCGAUCGCCCUUCGAUCCUAAGGCUUUCCGGGAGCCUGCGUACCUUUUCUAUUGCUUCGCCAUGUUCUGCAGCAACUUCGGCUUCUUCCCGCCAAUCUUUUAUCUGCAGACCUAUGCUCUGGGCCACGGCCUGACGAACACAAACAUAGCCCUCAAGCUCGUCGCUAUUCUCAACGCUGCCUCCAUUCUCGGUCGUCUAGCACCAUCUCCAGCAGUUGGCCUCAUCGGCCCUAUCAACACGAUGAUAGUAGUUAUUGCCAUGGCCAGUACCGUGGCGUUCACAUGGAUCGCAGUCCACACGGGAGCGGGCAAUAUCGUCUUCGCCGUCAUGUACGGCUUCACUUCCGGUGGCAUCGUGUCUCUACCCGCCGUCGUCCUGGCUUCCAUUACGGAGGACCUCAGUUUUAUGGGUUCACGAUUAGGCACUUCCAACUUCUGCAAUGCCAUCGCCUCUCUGUGCGGUCCCCCCCUUGCCGGCGCCAUUCUCAGAUCGACAGGAAAAUAUCUCGGUGUCCAGCUCUUUUCAGGCUUCCUCCUUCUAGGAGCGUGCCUCUUUUUCGUGGUAACUAGGUUCGCAAGAGUAGGGUUCAGGCUAGCAGUCAAUGUCUAA